GCACGACAGGAAUUGCUAUUGGCUUGCCUCAACACAAUCCUGAUAGCUUGAAUUGGAACUGCCUCAAUACAACGUCAAUUUGUGUUGCAGUCAAGAUGACACGAUUGCAAGCACAGCUCGAUCAUGUGGUCCUUCUCCUUCCGUACCAAGAUAUACUCAACCCUCCAAGUUGGCUGACAGACAACUUCGUCAUCAGUGAAGGAGGUCGACACGCCGAUGGUAAGACAGAGAAUCGGCUAGUACUAUUCGAGGACGGAACCUACCUGGAAUUGAUCGCCUUCAUCGAGGAUGAUCCCAAGCAUAGAGAAGGCCACUGGUGGGACAAGCCCUACGGAGUUGUUGACUAUGCCCUCACGACUGCAGACUCAGAUUUUGGAGAGCUCUUCGGCAUCGUUGAUCGACUUUCCAAGACGGAGACCGGCAUUUCCUACGAUGCACCAAAGGAUGGCGGUCGCAUCAAACCUGAUGGGCAAGAACUGAAAUGGCGCGUGACAUUCCCAAAGAACACAUCGAGAGGCAGCGUCCCAUUCUUCUGUCACGAUGUCACGCCACGGAACCGAAGGGUCCCCGCCCCAGACCGCAAACAUCCUUCCGGCGUCGUAGGCAUGGCGGGUGUCCUAGUCGAGGUCGCAUCAGACGCCUCCCUUGCGCGUCUAUCGAACGCCACCGCUGCCCUUCUGGAUCAGGAAGCUGCCAAAAAUGAGACAAGGUACGAGGUUGAUGUUGUACACCAGUUGCCCAAUGCCAAGAGUCAGACAAUAAGGAUCCAGAAGCGCGGAGGCGGCAGCCAUGGUGAGCACAGUGAUCUCGCCUUGUCAUUGGUCUUACAAGGUCCUAAAGCGAUCGAUGCGGUACACCGCAAGAUCGAUGGUGGCACCGUGUCUCUCGUGUUCGAACAGCAGUAGCGGUGGCGAUGCAGAGUCUUGAAUGGCGGCAAGUGGAGCCCCAGAUGGAACCUGGUCGUCUAGCAGUGGAACUGUCCUUUGCAUGGCAUGGCGAAUGGGUCAUUUGGGGCUGCGGAGGGUGGCGGAUGUAGCGUCCUCUAUAGAUCGGGAACCUUGUUGGUUGUGGACGGAGGUACAGCGGCUGUCACCAGGUAGAUGUUCGUAGUGACAUGUACGACGUUGGGACAUACGAGCAGACCGCGAUGAGGAGACAGGAUGUCGCACACGAGUCCGUCAUGGCCAGGGAAGAGAAGGCAAGUCCCAAGAGCCAGG